AGAGGAAUUGAGUCAGAAGUUUCUUUCCCAACUCUUUCUUUUCUCAUGCCUUUCCCUACUCCCCCCUCCUCCUCCUCAGAACCGACUUCCGGACAACACCGUCUAGCCGUCAAGCGAGCUGUACGCGCCCCCCCACCUCCCCCCCACCGUCUUAGAAGCACUCGGUUCAAGUAUGACAAGGCGUCGGCCUCCUGGCGGCUUCUCCUCGGCACGGUAAACAGCGCAGGUCGCAGAGAGCAGCAGCAGCGGAGGGAAAUGCUGAAGGAAUGAGCGCGGCCGGUAAACUGGGUCCGUAUCCGGCUCGCGCUGAAGGCUGGUUACUAUGGGAACGGGAGACUCCUGGCGGCGCGUGCGGAAAUCAGUGCAAAAUGUGCGAAGUUCGUCAUAAUAUCUACAACGUCGAUACAACAACAGUACGACUUAUACUACUACAACUACUAUUCACAAUAAUAAUAAUAGUCAAUGAUAAUUAUAAUAACUUUCUAUGAUAAUGAUAUUAUCCGGUGACAAAUAUUACAGCUUGAAAUAGUUUUUAUUAAUAGGGCGAUUCCCUGAAGUGAUAAAAGUGACUUUUUUAUAGAAAUAAAAAAAUAUCAAAUGCAAGUGUGGAUAUUUUUUUAUGUUUGCUAAUGUGGUGUCUAAUGUGUUUUUUUGCAACCCUUUGCAGAGUGAUUUGUGUGUAAAUGACAUGUUUUAUUAUAAGAUAAGUUGUUAUCCUAUCUUUUUACUAAUCGGAUAUGUUGACGAUGAAUUCAAAAGUUAAUCAAUACACAUAGCUGUAGUUUAGAAAAUCUGAUAUUUGGUAAAAAAUUAUUCAUGUGCAAGGAAAAAGUUCUGUGCUGAAAAGUUACAGGCUGAAACAAGCCCUCUACUGUGAAAGAAAUACAUUUGGGAUUCACGCCAGCUGAACACUGGGAGGCACAAAGCAUUGCUGAGUGCUGGCCAAAUGCUCCAGGGCAACCAAUGAAUAGACAACAUGUUUUCCUUUUUUUGACAGUGUUGUGUGAGUAACUGAGUAGAAGUAAAUGUAUCUAAUAUCAUUAUACUCACAGCUGUGUAUUUUACUUUUAUCACUAAUGACAUGACAAUAUACACAUUUGAACUUGGUAAAAGGGUCAGCAUGUCACCUAUAGGUGGCUGAGAAGUCUCACUUGCUGUGUUCUUCAGUAUUUUACACCAUGACAACCGCAAUAAACAAGCUUGAUGUAUCUCUUUAUAUGGCGUUGCACAGAUAAACAGUAAAUGUGUCCACAGUAUAUGGGGAAACACUGAAGAACUGAGCCACAGUUUGAAUGUUUCUACAUGCAAGGUAAUCAAUACACUCACUAACUCUCUUAAGUUCUGAUUUAAGGCAAAUUGUUAUUUGAAAUAAAUUCAACAUGGGAUAUUUUCAAGGCUUGCAAAAAAUGUUCCCACUUUCUAUUACAGUGCGUUCCACUUCUGAUUGCACCACUCCAGCCUCAACAGCUGGUGGGCAGAACAGCACAGCCAGGAGGCAGCAGGGAAAAUGUUUAUCAGAAACACCAACCAACAAAACCCCCGCCGCCAUCAUCAUUUCUUUUUGCGUAGACAAACCUGCAAGGGGGAGUCACCAACAGAAGCAGAGCUGAAAACAACGAUUGCAGGCAGUAUGGUAUUUAGUGGAUAUAUGUGUGUGCAUUCUGGAAACACGUUUUGGUUGUGUUUGUUUGACGAGGCAGAGAUGAGAAAAUCUCCACUCAAGACAUACAUUAUGGGUCAUUUAAUUACUGCACCCUUACCUACGUCAUGUUACCCUUCAGGAGACGAUAUCGCCCUAAACGAUCAGCAGGGCUCCCACCGGUGUCAUCCCACAUCCUCAAGACCAACGGGGAGAGGAAAGAGCAGCGGAGAAUGUGAACCGGCUGAAGAUGAGCAAGAAGGCGACCAUGACCUGACAGCAGUGACAAAUGAACAAGGUACGGCAGAGAUGCAGUCUCAGUAUCAGAAGGAUUUUCCUCCUCUAUCGUCCUGCCACAGGAGACGAACACCUGCCCUCCCACAACCGGACACCAUCGGCAUUAACCCUGCCUUCAGGAUCGACUUUAGCACAGUGCAAAGGUACAAUUUCCCGGGUUGGUCCCCGUCGGUGCCGGGAAGCGGCCUCCGUCCAUCCAUCUUCAAAGCGCUCGUCCUUCAUACAGGAUCGCGGGGGAGCUGGAGUCAACUAACUUCGGGCGGAAGACAGGCUGCACUCUGGAUUGGUCGCCAUUCAAUUGCAGGGCGCUGAGAGCGGCCUCCUCUGCACAAUCAAGCCUGAACAAAUAAAUGUCAAAGACAGUCAUAAUAACGUCAAUGUUUUUCUGGCUGCACCAAAUAUCUAAUUAUGUUAAAUGGCUAUGAAUUAGUAGUGCAAACUAAUAAAUAUGAUAUUUUAAACCGAUAACAAA